ACAAAAUUAGAUAAGAUCUGAUAUUUUAAUUUUCGAUACUAUCUUGUGUUAUGAUGCCUUUUAUAGAAAAGAUCUGGCUAAACAAAAUUCACACACUAAUUUAACUAAUUUAAAUAAUUAUCGAUGAUCAUUUCAAGUUUCUCCUGUUCGUAAAAUGAGUAACAUACCCGAAAAAAUUCCUCAAAAUAUUGAAGAAGUUAAAAAACUUUUGGAAAAUGACCACCGUAUAAAAGUAGCUGGAGUGGAUGUUGACGGAAUUCUUCGUGGAAAAAUUCUUGUAAAGAGUAAAUUCUUAUCUACUUUAGAAGAUGGAUUUGGAUUUUGUAGUGUAAUUUUCGGUUGGGAUAUGCAUGAUAAGACAUAUACGGAAGAACUCGAGAUAUCAAACUGCGAUAAUGGCUACGCCGAUAUUGUUGCCAAGGUCGACAUAUCCACCUAUCGUCGUAUACCAUGGGAGGAUAAUAUUCCGUUUUUCCUGUUAACUUUUUAUGAUCCCACAACAAAAGAACCACUUUACGUAUGCCCAAGAGGUCUUUUGAAAAAUAUCCUAAAUAAAUAUGAAGAAUUAGGUUUAAAACCAAUGUGUGGCGCAGAAUUCGAGUUUUUCAGUUUCAAAGAAACUCCUGAAACAAUGGCUGCCAAACAAUAUAAUUCACCAGUCCCACUUACGCAAGGAAUGUUUGGUUAUUCUUUGCUUCGACCAACUUCAAAUCAAAACUUCUUUUACGAUAUAUUUGAUGAGCUGAAAUCAUUCAAUGUAAAUUUGGAAGCAUUGCAUACGGAAACAGGUCCCGGUGUAUAUGAAGCUGCGCUUGCAUAUUCACCGGCGAUGGAUAUGGCAGAUUCGGCUACGCUGUUUAAAUUAGCUAUAAAACAAAUUGGUAUUCUUCGACAUGGAAUUAUGUCAUGUUUUAUGGCCAAACCACAUGCUGAUUUGCCAGGAUGUUCAGGGCAUUUACAUUUUUCACUUAAAAGUAUAGAAACAGGAGAAAAUAUAUUUGCCAAGAAAGAUAGUAGCGUUGAAUGUAAAAAUUCAUUUGCGGAAAAUGGAUCAAGUAAUCCAAAGGAAUGGAAAGAUACUAAAUUUAUGAGCGAUACUAUGAAACAUUUUUUGGCAGGUAUUCUUGUCGGAUUACCAAGUAUUAUGCCUUUCUUAGCACCAACUGUUAAUAGUUAUAAAAGAUUAGUGGAAAAUUAUUGGGCACCUAUAAAUGUUUCAUGGGGUCUUGAAAAUCGAACUGCAGCUAUUAGAGUAAUUUCCCCACCAACAUCAUCAGCAUCAGCAACUAGAAUUGAAAUGAGAGUUUCAGGUGCUGAUAUUAAUCCAUAUCUUGCAAUUUCAGCUACUUUAGCGUGUGGAUUAUACGGAAUUGAAAAUAAGUUACCAAUAUUAAUGCCACCUUUAUCGCAUGUAAAUAAAGAAAUUAUUACCCCAGAAGAAAAAAUGAAUCUAUUAGCUCAACAUCAAGAAAAACGUUUAGCUAAGAAUUUACAAGAAGCCACUCAUACGAUGAUGGCUAAGGAUUCUAUAGCUAGGAAAGUAUUAGGUGAUAGAUUCGUUGAUCAUUUUGGUAAAACUAGAUUACAUGAAUGGAAACUAUGGGAAACAACCGUUACAAAUUGGGAAAUCAAACGUUAUUUUGAAACUGUUUAAAUUUAAGUAAUUGAAUUCAACGCGUUAAUAUAUACAAUAAACUAAUAAUGAUGACUACAUAUUGUAAGUUUAUGCAGAUUUAAACAUCAUCGUAAUUUUAUGUAUUGAAAAUUGUCCAACAGUAACGAUAAUAAGAUCUAAUAAUAUGUAAUACUAAAUAAGUUCUUUCCACUAAAAAAUUGAAAUUAUCAUUAAAGAAUACCAUUUGCGGAUUUGAAUUAUAAUAUCAAAUAAUAUCCAAUAUAUAUAUACGAACCCUUAUUAUAUUAGCAAUAUCAAGAGGACUUGUUGAAAUGAAAUUUUGCGAAUUAUCUUUGAG